GCGAACAUUGAAACCACAAGCCUGCAGCUGAAUUAGAGUCGGUGAAGAUAAUGCCAUGCCUGUACACAUCUUUGAUGCCCACUUCUUAUCCUCCGAAACUCGGAGUUUCAAAUUCUCAGUUAACGUUUUCUAUUGCUCAAACACAAACCCAUUUCAAAGAGAAUACCAGUGAUUCCGUGGAUGUCAAACUCCCUCUACCUUCUCAUGUGAAAUCCAUUACCAGCGCUUCAAACCCAUUUGUGAAGCACUGCAUCAAGCUGCGCCACAGCACUUCUUACCGCCAUUCCCAUGGUUCAGUUCUCGUUGUGGGCGCUACCACUGUAAGGGAAAUAUACAAGUUUCAACAGUCUUUGCAAGAGAAAACUGUGGAAAUGGAUUGUUUACUUCUACUUGAUAAAGCCGAGGUUCCUGAAGGGAUAGAUAGUUUCCCCGGACGUAUUGUGCGUGUGAGCGCUGCAGUGAUGAAAAAGCUUUCUGGUUUGAAGUCAACUGAAUCUAUUGAUGCGAUUGCCCUGAUGAGAAUUCCUACCAGGUUCUUCAAUCUAGAAAAUGAUCAAGACAAGGCAGAUUGUCGAAGAUGGUUCCCAUACCCACAUCGAAUUCUAGUUCUCGAUGGAAUCCAGGAUCCAGGAAACCUUGGUACAUUACUCAGAUCAGCUUUGGCCUUUAGAUGGGGUGGUGUUUUUCUACUUCCUGGUUGUUGUGAUCCAUUUAAUGGGAAAGCACUUCGAGCUAGCCGAGGAGCCUCCUUUCAGAUCCCCAUAGUUUGCGGGAGUUGGAUCCAUCUUGAAGCCCUUGUAAACGAAUUUCAAAUGAAGGUGCUAGCCGGCCAUCCAAAGAGUACUGGAGAUUUAAAGCCAGUGUCUCAGCUUUCUAAAGGGCUAGCCGAUUCUUUAGUAGAUUUUCCUUUGUGUUUGGUAUUGGGUAGUGAAGGGAGUGGCCUGUCAGAGAAAUCUCGGCAUGUAUGUGAUCUUGUGAGCAUUCCAAUGACUGGAGAGUUUGAGUCUCUGAAUGUUUCAGUUGCAGGUGGGAUAUUGAUGUAUAUGCUGUCAGCCUAAGAACCACUAACCAGAGAUCUGUCAUUACAAUUAUCUUUUUGAAGGAAAAUUAAUUGUGCACGGGCAAGGAUCCAAUUUUUAACUGUUGA